AUGGCAGUCAAAACUGGUUCCCUCCUUCCCAUUACUGCUGCAAUCAAGAUGGAUGACGAUGACUAUUCAUCAUCUACGAGUUUGCUUGGUCAGAAGAAGCCAGGAUAUCAUGCCCCUGUGGCAUUGCUUAAUGAUAUACCGCAGUCAACAGAACAGUAUGAUCCAUUUGCUGAGCACCGACCUCCGAAGAUUGCAGACCGGGAAGAUGAAUACAAAAAGCAUAGGCGGACCAUGAUAAUUUCCCCAGAGCGUCUUGAUCCUUUUGCAGAUGGAGGGAAGACCCCUGAUCCUAAAAUGAAUGCUAGGACUUACAUGGAUGUAAUGCGAGAACAGCACUUGACUAAAGAAGAACGAGAAAUUAGGCAACAGCUAGCAGAAAAAGCUAAAGCUGGAGAACUAAAAGUCGUCAAUGGAGCAGCAGCGUCCCAGCCUCCAUCAAAACGAAAACGGCGUUGGGAUCAAACAGCUGAUCAGACUCCUGGUGCCACUCCCAAAAAAUUAUCAAGUUGGGAUCAGGCAGAGAUCUGGCACUGCUAUGGCUACAUGAUUGAGUCGACCACGGUUCCACACAGAACCUGCCAUUUGAUCCAAGGGCCUCUGGCAUUCGCGGCUGCAGCCCUCAGCGCGCGCGCCAUUUUGGAAAGCAACCCGCCACGUCCAGACCCGCCAAGGACCGAAUUAAAAUUGUGUUUUUACUCACUCUUUCUUUUUAAAGACACUCCUGGGCAUGGAAGUGGAUGGGCUGAGACUCCUCGAACGGAUCGAGGUGGAGAUUCUAUUGGUGAAACACCGACUCCUGGAGCCAGUAAAAGAAAAUCACGGUGGGAUGAAACACCAGCUAGUCAGAUGGGUGGAAGCACUCCAGUUCUGACCCCUGGAAAAACACCAAUUGGCACACCAGCCAUGAACAUGGCUACCCCUACUCCAGGUCACAUAAUGAGUAUGACUCCUGAACAGCUUCAGGCUUGGCGAUGGGAAAGAGAAAUUGAUGAGAGAAAUCGCCCACUUUCUGAUGAGGAAUUAGAUGCUAUGUUCCCAGAAGGAUAUAAGGUACUUCCUCCUCCAGCUGGUUAUGUUCCUAUUCGAACUCCAGCUCGAAAACUGACAGCUACUCCAACACCUUUGGGUGGUAUGACUGGUUUCCACAUGCAAACUGAAGAUAGAACUAUGAAAAGUGUUAAUGAUCAGCCGUCUGGAAAUCUUCCAUUUUUAAAGCCUGAUGAUAUUCAGUACUUUGAUAAACUAUUGGUUGAUGUUGAUGAAUCAACACUUAGUCCAGAAGAGCAAAAAGAGAGAAAAAUAAUGAAGUUGCUUUUAAAAAUUAAGAAUGGAACACCACCAAUGAGAAAGGCUGCAUUGCGUCAGAUUACUGAUAAAGCUCGUGAAUUUGGAGCUGGUCCUUUGUUUAAUCAGAUUCUUCCUCUACUGAUGUCUCCUACACUUGAGGAUCAAGAGCGUCAUUUACUUGUGAAAGUUAUUGAUAGGAUACUAUACAAACUUGAUGACUUAGUUCGUCCAUAUGUGCAUAAGAUCCUUGUGGUCAUUGAACCACUAUUGAUUGAUGAAGAUUACUAUGCUAGAGUGGAAGGCCGAGAGAUCAUUUCUAAUUUGGCAAAGGCUGCUGGUCUGGCUACUAUGAUCUCUACCAUGAGACCUGAUAUAGAUAACAUGGAUGAGUAUGUCCGUAACACAACAGCUAGAGCUUUUGCUGUUGUAGCCUCUGCCCUGGGCAUUCCUUCUUUAUUGCCUUUCUUAAAAGCUGUGUGCAAAAGCAAGAAGUCCUGGCAAGCGAGACACACUGGUAUUAAGAUUGUACAACAGAUAGCUAUUCUUAUGGGCUGUGCCAUCUUGCCACAUCUUAGAAGUUUAGUUGAAAUCAUUGAACAUGGUCUUGUGGAUGAGCAGCAGAAAGUUCGGACCAUCAGUGCUUUGGCCAUUGCUGCCUUGGCUGAAGCAGCAACUCCUUAUGGUAUCGAAUCUUUUGAUUCUGUGUUAAAGCCUUUAUGGAAGGGUAUCCGCCAACACAGAGGAAAGGGUUUGGCUGCUUUCUUGAAGGCUAUUGGGUAUCUUAUUCCUCUUAUGGAUGCAGAAUAUGCCAACUACUAUACUAGAGAAGUGAUGUUAAUCCUUAUUCGAGAAUUCCAAUCUCCUGAUGAGGAAAUGAAGAAGAUUGUGCUGAAGGUGGUAAAACAGUGUUGUGGGACAGAUGGUGUAGAAGCAAACUACAUUAAAACAGAGAUUCUUCCUCCCUUUUUUAAACACUUCUGGCAGCACAGGAUGGCUUUGGAUAGAAGAAAUUACCGACAGUUAGUUGAUACUACUGUGGAGUUGGCAAACAAAGUAGGUGCAGCAGAAAUUAUAUCCAGGAUUGUGGAUGAUCUGAAAGAUGAAGCUGAACAGUACAGAAAAAUGGUGAUGGAGACAAUUGAGAAAAUUAUGGGCAACUUGGGAGCAGCAGAUAUUGAUCAUAAACUUGAAGAACAAUUGAUUGAUGGUAUUCUUUAUGCUUUCCAAGAACAGACUACAGAGGACUCAGUAAUGUUGAACGGCUUUGGCACAGUGGUUAAUGCUCUUGGCAAACGAGUCAAACCAUACUUGCCUCAGAUCUGUGGUACAGUUUUGUGGCGUUUAAAUAACAAAUCUGCAAAAGUUAGGCAGCAGGCAGCUGACUUGAUUUCUCGAACUGCUGUUGUCAUGAAGACUUGUCAAGAGGAAAAAUUGAUGGGACACUUGGGUGUUGUGUUGUAUGAGUAUUUGGGUGAAGAGUACCCUGAAGUAUUGGGCAGCAUUCUUGGAGCACUGAAGGCCAUUGUAAAUGUCAUAGGUAUGCAUAAGAUGACUCCACCAAUUAAAGAUCUGCUGCCUAGACUCACCCCCAUCUUAAAGAACAGACAUGAAAAAGUACAAGAGAAUUGUAUUGAUCUUGUUGGGCGUAUUGCUGACAGGGGAGCUGAAUAUGUGUCUGCAAGAGAGUGGAUGAGGAUUUGCUUUGAGCUUUUAGAGCUCUUAAAAGCCCACAAAAAGGCUAUUCGUAGAGCCACAGUCAACACAUUUGGUUAUAUUGCAAAGGCCAUUGGCCCUCAUGAUGUAUUGGCUACACUUCUAAACAACCUCAAAGUUCAAGAAAGGCAGAACAGAGUUUGUACCACUGUAGCAAUAGCUAUUGUUGCGGAAACAUGUUCACCCUUCACAGUACUCCCUGCCUUAAUGAAUGAAUACAGAGUUCCUGAACUGAAUGUUCAAAAUGGAGUGUUAAAGUCACUUUCCUUCUUGUUUGAAUAUAUUGGUGAAAUGGGAAAAGACUACAUUUAUGCUGUAACACCGUUACUUGAAGAUGCUUUAAUGGAUAGAGACCUUGUACACAGACAGACGGCUAGUGCAGUGGUACAGCACAUGUCACUUGGGGUUUAUGGAUUUGGUUGUGAAGAUUCACUGAAUCACUUGUUGAACUAUGUAUGGCCCAAUGUGUUUGAGACAUCUCCUCAUGUAAUUCAGGCAGUUAUGGGAGCCCUAGAGGGUCUGAGAGUUGCUAUUGGACCAUGUAGAAUGUUGCAGUAUUGUUUACAGGGUCUGUUUCACCCAGCCCGGAAAGUCAGAGAUGUAUAUUGGAAAAUUUACAACUCCAUCUACAUUGGUUCCCAGGAUGCUCUCAUAGCACAUUACCCAAGAAUCUACAACGAUGAUAAGAACACCUAUAUUCGUUAUGAACUUGACUAUAUCUUAUAAUUUUAUUGUUUAUUUUGUGUUUAAUGCACAGCUACUUCACACCUUAAACUUGCUUUGAUUUGGUGAUGUAAACUUUUAAACAUUGCAGAUCAGUGUAGAACUGGUCAUAGAGGAAGAGCUAGAAAUCCAGUAGCAUGAUUUUUAAAUAACCUGUCUUUGUUUUUGAUGUUAAGCAGUAAAUGCCAGUAGUGACCAAGAACACAGUGAUUACAUACACUAUACUGGAGGGAUUUCAUUUUUAAUUCAUCUUUAUGAAGAUUUAGAACUCAUUCCUUGUGUUUAAAGGGAAUGUUUAAUUGAGAAAUAAACAUUUGUGUACAAAAUGCUAA